AUGAUAACCGAUAGCCAAUUGAAUAACCUUGCUAUCUCAUUUGGGUUAGCAAUGUUUGCCUCGAUAGUGUUAUACUAUUUCGUAUGUUCUAUGUCGGGAGACGAUACAGAAAAUAAGAAGUCCUGA